AGUACGUGUAUAAGACAUCAACCAUUUGCUUGGGAAACCACCAACACAACCACCUCUCCUUCCAGUCAUAGAAUACUCUCUAGACACACUUGUAAGAACCACAGCCACACAGCGCGCGCAAUGGCAACCACCGCAACCGCGAUUAGCAGCGCUGCCGCCGGCCAACUCCACGACGACGUCUACGACCGGAUGAAGGAGGUCCAGGAGUUCGAGGACUCGAAGCUCGGAGUCAAAGGUCUGGUUGACUCCGGCAUCUCUUCCAUCCCUCGGUUCUUCGUUCACCCGAACUUCAAGCCGGACCCCAACCCGGGCGCCCGACCCGACGUCAUCCCGACGAUCGACCUCUCCGGCGUCGACCGCCAGGACGCGAGGGCGAAGAUCGCGGAGCAAAUCUCGGGCGCCUGUCGCGAGCUCGGGUUCUUCCAGGUCGUCAAUCACGGGAUUCCAGUGGAAUUCUUGGACCGAUUCGUCGGCGCCGUCAGGGGGUUUCACGAGCAGCCGACGGAGGAGAAGGCGAAGCUGUACAGAAGGGAGCCCGGGACUGGGGUUUCCUUCUUCUCCAACAUCGACUUGUUUCAUUCCAAAGCCGCUAGCUGGAGAGACACACUCCAGAUGAGGUUAGGACCCACUUUACCAGAGCUAGAGGAAAUCCCUGCCGUAUGCAGGGAAGAGGUGGUGGAAUGGAAUCAGAGGGCGAAACAGGUUGGGGGAUUGCUGAUGGAGCUCUUGUGCGAAGGGCUAGGAGUGAACUCAGGGGCUUUGAAGGAGAGGAGGUUCUUGGAAUCCAGAGUGAUGGUGGGUCAUUACUACCCUUACUGCCCGCAGCCUGAUCUAACUGUAGGGAUUGCAUCCCACACAGAUCCAGGAGCAUUGACCCUGCUCCUCCAGGAUCAGGUCGGGGGGCUCCAGGUCAAGUUUGGCGAGCAAUGGGUUGAUGUCGUGCCUGUUAGAGGGGCUCUUGUCGUCAACAUUGGAGAUCUUUUGCAGGUAAUGCGCUGCGCCUGAAAUUACACUUGUUGUUGGUGAAUGAAUGAUUCGUUGUUUGGUGGUUUCGUUUUGUAACUUGGUUUUCAACUCAAACUGCAGAUAAUGUCGAACGACGAGUACAAGAGCGUGGAGCACAGGGUGCUGGCGAAUCCAACCAUGGAGCCACGGGUCUCGGUCGCUGUGUUCUUCAAUUCUGAUGAGCAGGAGUCCGUUCUGGGACCGAUCCCGGAGCUGAUCUCGCCUGAGAAACCUGCCGUCUACCGGGAAUUCACCAAGUUGGACUACAUGAGAAGGUUCUUCACCAAAGAGUUGGACGGCAGAACCCUCACCAAUUUCUACAAGCUGUAAGAAAAA